AAGCAUCAGGAAAGAGGCCAGAGAGGGAAGAAAGGCGGUGGAGCCAUGAAGGCGGCUGCAAGAACUAAAACUCCUCGCAAAUGUGUACAAAAGAAGUUCUCCAAAGAUAUUUUGAAGGACCCUGUUGGGGUGUACUGUCGUGUACGCCCUGUGAGUAUACCAGACCAAGAAUGCUGUGUAGAGAUUGUCAGCAACACAACGGUCCAGGUUCAUCCUCCCGAAGGAUAUCGCAUCGCUCGCAAUGGGGAAUACAAAGAGGUCCAGUAUUCCUUUAAAGAAGUAUUUGGCACUACUGCUACUCAGAGAGAUGUAUUUGAUGUGGUUGCUCGGCCUUUGGUGGAAGAUCUUAUCCAUGGAAAAAAUGGCCUGCUUUUCACUUACGGUGUCACAGGGAGCGGGAAGACCCACACCAUGACAGGGUCCCCUGGUGAAGGAGGGCUGCUUCCUCGCUGCCUGGACAUGAUUUUCAACAGCAUCGGAUCUUUCCAGGCCAAAAGAUAUGUUUUCAAGCUUGACGACAAGAAUGGGGUUGAUGUCCAGGGCGAUGUGGAUGCUUUGCUGGAGCGUCAGAAGAGAGAAGUUCUCCAGGCCUCCAAAACUCCAUCAAGCAAGCGGCAAAUAGACCCAGAAAUUGCUGACAUGAUUAACGUGCAAGAUAACUGCAAAGCAGGGGAAAUCGAUGAAGACAACGUAUACAGUGUGUUUGUCUCCUACAUUGAGAUUUAUAAUAACUACAUCUAUGACCUUUUGGACGAAACCCUCAUCGACCCCACCAAGCCAAAGUGGAACACCUGUGACACUCCAGUACGGAACGUUGAAUUAUUGCUUCCGCAAUCCAGAAUUCUCCGUGAAGAUCAAAACCAUAAUAUGUAUGUGGCAGGAUGCACAGAGGUGGAAGUCAAGUCUACCGAAGAAGCCUUUGAAGUCUUCUGGAGAGGCCAAAAGAAGAGGCGCAUUGCGAACACUCAGCUGAAUCGAGAAUCUAGCCGUUCGCACAGUGUCUUUCUCAUCAAGCUAAUCCAAGCGCCUUUGGAUGCAGAUGGUGACAACGUUUUACAGGACAGAGAACUAAUAGCCCUGAGCCAGUUAUCUUUGGUUGAUCUGGCAGGAAGUGAGCGAACAAACAGAACAAAAGCAGAAGGAAGCAGACUGCGGGAGGCAGGUAACAUCAAUCAGUCUCUGAUGAUGCUCAGAACCUGUAUUGAAGUUCUGCGUGAAAACCAAACAUAUGCAACCAAUAAGAUGGUCCCCUAUCGAGACUCAAAGUUGACGCACCUCUUUAAGAACUACUUUGACGGGGAAGGGAAAGUUCGCAUGAUUGUCUGUGUAAAUCCAAAAGCUGAGGACUACGACGAGAGCCUGCAAGUCAUGCGAUUUGCAGAGAUCACUCAAGAAGUGGAAGUGGCUAGGCCUGCUGACAAGCCUCUCUGUGGGCUGAUGGCUGGCCGGCGGUUUAAGAACCAGGCCUUCCAGGAAGAACUCUCCCGGCAACUGGAGCUCCGAGGAGGACCAGUCGACGGAGAUAGAGAAAGGUUUGCCAUGGAGACAUUCUUGCAGAACUAUCCCCCGUUGCCAUCCUGUGAGCUUCUGGAUAUCAAUGACGACCAGACUCUUCCUCGGCUGAUUGAAGCGCUGGAAAAGCGCCAUCGCGCCCGAAAGACAAUGAGGGAAGAAUUUGCCAAAAAUGUUCUUUCCAUAAAGGGCAUGUUACAAGAACUUGAUGCCAACAUUGUCACAAGAGAGAACUACUCAAAUUUAAAAAUGGUCGAAAAGAACAAAAUUAUCUCAGAGCAAAAAGCAGAAGUUGAACGCCUCGAGAAGAAAUCAAAAACACUGGAAUACAAGAUCGACAUCUUGGAGAAAACCACCACAAUCUAUGAGGAAGAGAAGCGCAAGUUGCAGCUUGAGCUAGAGAACAAGAGCCAGAAGCUCCAGCGCCAGGUGUCAGACAAGCGUCGAAUGGAGGCCCGGCUUCAAGGCAUGGUGACCGAGACGACUACAAAGUGGGAGAAGGAAUGCGAGCGACGGGUGGCUGCCAAGCAGCUUGAGAUGCAGAACAAACUCUGGGUGAAGGACGAGAAACUCAAGCAGCUGAAAGCCAUUGUCACGGAGCCCAAGGCCAUCAAACCGGAGAGGCAUUCUCGAGAGAGGGACAGAGAGAAAGCCGUGCCGAGGUCCUUUUCCCCGCCACCAGUCCCUCUCCAUCACAGCAAAAACAACCCCAUGCUGGCACCUGUUGAAAAUCAGCCCCAGCUGCACAGGCGCUCUAACUCUUGCAGCAGCAUUUCGGUGGCCUCCUGCAUCUCGGAAUGGGAGCAGAGGACGCCCACUCAUGGCAACAAGCACCCCGGCAUGGUCAAAGACAGACCUCAAGAGCCAGAGCAAGCGGGGCCCUCCUCACUCGUGACAGACCGGCGGCGGGGCAUGUGCUGGAGUAGAGGCCCUGAAAGCGGGCAAGGCGUCACAGAGGCAGGCGAGGAUUUCUGCUGCAGGAAUGCUCCACCAGUCCGGCUGCGUCACCGGCGCUCCCGUUCGGCAGGAGAGAGGUGGGUUGACCACAAGCCCCCUUCCCACGUCCCAAUGGACACUGUUAUGAAGCCCCACGUGCCCCACGCCAUCACAGUGGCUGCUGCCAAUGAAAAGGCCCUGGCUAGGUGUGACAAGUACAUGCUGACCCACCAGGAGCUAGCUUCAGACGGGGAGAUUUCCACCAAGCUGAUCAAGGGCGACGUUUACAAGACCCGUGGAGGCGGACAAGCUGUCCAGUUCACUGAAAUUGAGACCUUGAAACAAGAAUCCCCAACAGGCCGCAAGAGGCGCUCUUCUCCCUUGAGCCCAGUGCCUCCAGAUGAGGCCACAGAAUCUGAAUGGACCGAUGUGGAGACGAGAUGUUCAGUUGCUGUGGAGAUGAAGGCCGGCUCGCACCUGGGCCCAGGAUAUCAGCACCAUGCUCAGCCCAAGCGUAAAAAGCCCUGAAGCGGCUGGCCGAGGCUCCUUGCAAAAUUCUUCCAUUGUUUUAAGCACAUGACUCCUUGUAUUUAAGCAUUGUUUUAAGCACAUGGCUCCUUGUAUUUUAUAUUCAAUAUAUUCAAUAAAAUGUAAAAUAAAAUAAAACUUUUAUAUGCAA